AUGCCCUGGCAGCCCCUUCCCCGAAUCGCCUUCGCCGUCGCGACAUACCCCUUCGCCGCCUCAGGCCCGGCCGACCUACCCCUCGAGAUUGGCGAUGAACUGUACAUAAUCGAAGAGACCCCUGACGGCAACUGGCUGCGUGGCUACCUGGUAGCCCCUCCCAGUCUGCUGGCCGGACUGACCUCUGUCAAGGGGCAGACCCUCGAGGCUCGUGUCUUCAGCGGUAUCUUCCCAAGGAGUUGUGUUGAGGUGCGCGAGGUCCUGGGCGAGUCCGAUGAAACGGAAGACGGUGAAGACGGCGCCAGCGAUGAUGCUACGACAGCGAAUGAUGAUAUCCACAUUGGGAGUGAUUCAGGCAAGAGCGGCUUAACGCCGACAACUACCGAGAAGAGGGCGUCAGUGGAUGGCCACAAGUCGAUCGAGAGUUUACGGGGACCCAAGAUCGAACUGAAGGGCCGUAAACCUCUCAAGGAGCUUCCCAAUGGCACUCAAGGACGGCUUUCCGUGCCCGUCAAGCGGGACCCGGAUGCUCCCCGACCUGCCGCGCCUGUGCCUAUGCUCAAAAUCGGCGACGAGACUCCUACGUCGGCGGCCGAGCCUCUUAUCGACGAAAUCGCCAGCUGUUUACGCGAAUGGCACUCGACAAACUUACACAGCCUCGUAUUGUCCCGGCAGUACUCUCGUCUCGACAAGCUGUCGCAUCUGAUCACAACCCUCAACCUCAGCAGACAGCAAUUCCUUCACAAUGUUCUUACAACACACGAAUACGACAAGCUCCGAGAAAAGACGGUCUGGGAUUUGGUGCGCGUGAACAAGCUAUGUGGAGGAGAAGUCAUAGUGCGAGACCCGACAGAGCGCGGACGGGUGCUGACAGGCGACGAUUCGGUCGUGGAGGUGACAAAGUUGCAGUCGGUCAUGAGCGUUCUGGAUGAGCCUCCACAUCCCACAGCCGAGCCGACGGCGCUGCAUCAUUUAUUGGUCGAUGUUAAGGGAUUUGCUGGCGCGUCCGCCGAAGAAACGUCACUCGUUGUCUACCUGGUGGCCAAGCCGGUGGGAGAACAGGCGACGGCCCUCUCUGAGUGCUUUGUCAUCGAUAUACCCCCUGGCGGAACAAUUGGCACUCUUUCCAAGUCUGGCCAGACGAGAACCAUAUUCGCCGAUCUCUCUUCACAAGAUAUUGGCGAUGUCGCCUCGGCGGAAACGGAUCUUUACCUCGUGGUGAAGGUGCGAUCUUCUCACCAAGUUGCAGCUAGCGGAAAGCCAGAAUCUCGUUCCGGCGCCAAAUCCCAGGGGGCUGGGGCACACAAGGACCCUGCCAAGCCGCCUUCCGCCAGCAAUAACAAGUCUUCUAGAAGGAGUCUAAUGUGGGGAUCGAAGACGGCACGUUCGGCAUUCUCAAGGGGGGGAGCGGCAUCAAGGUUGGACUCUGUGACGGAACAAAUGGAUGGCCGCCCGUCAACCCAAGAGGAUGGUACCGAUAGCGCAGCGCCGCCCAGCACGGCCGGCUCAAGAACUAGAGGGUCAAUGGACGCUGGGGCAGGGUUCCACAUGGCUGAGCGCACAGUGGGCAUAGGUGUGCUGAAGCUUAAUGCGCUCAUGAAGCAGGAAGACGAAGUUGAGCAGGUUGUUAGCGUAUGGUCACCCUCGCUUACGAUCCCUACCGAGAAACAAGGCCUGCAUGAAGAUUGGGACGUCCUGAUCCGAGAGCUCAUGGACAGCCCGAAUGGCCACUAUGAGAAGUCACGUCGAACAGAGCGAGUGCAAGUUCACCUAAAACCCUUUAAUCAUCCAGACGUGGAAACAUUAGUCAAGGUUACACCGACUCUUCUCGCUGGGGUCCGAACAACAAAUAAGAUUGGCUUCUCGGGUGCGCCAACAAAACCGAGAUCGGACAUCUAUGUCACUCUCGACACCGCAGCUCUGUCAAAGCAGAAUCUUCUUUCCAGAUAUGCAGGCAACCCAACUACCCUCUCCAGCAGCGUACACGGAAAUAAUAUGCAGGUUACUCUUGAAGUCCGGAGAACGAGCGGGGAAAAGAUACCGAACUGCAUCUUCUCCUCGUCCAACACUGAAGGGUUAACUACGUGGAAGUCCACAGCGGUAGACAGAGGAGGUCACUGGAGACAGACCGUUCGACUUGUAGUUCCACCACAGGAUGUGUUUACUUCACACCUCGUCAUGUUCCUGUCUGAGAUGCCAAAUGCUCCUUUCGCGGUUGCCCACAUGCCGUUGUGGAACCAAGAGGCUUUUGUCCGAGACGGUGCUCACGCUUUGCUGCUUUACAAGAUUGAUGAGUACACAUCCACCGCCCAAGCAGGCCCGUCCGGAAAAGGAGGGUACCUCUCGCUGCAGUGGAGCGCCAGAGGGAACGAUGAACAUUCUGCCGAAGUGACCGGACCCUUGGCAAUCCUGCGUGUCGACACAUACCUAUGCAGCACCACGUUCUCCCAAGACAGGGUGGUACUAGGGUUGAUCAAGUGGAAGGACGCCCCUAAAGAAGAGAUUCCCGCUCUCCUGAAGCACCUGAUUUUCGUACCGGAAAUUGAGGUCGUCAAGCUCCUCAGCGAUGUCCUUGACGCACUUUUCGGCAUCCUGGUCGAACACUCCGGUAACGAUGAGUACGAGGACUUGGUGUUCACUGCGUUGGUAAGAGUUCUGGGUAUCGUGCACGACAGGAGAUUCAAUCUAGGCCCCCUGGUUGACCAAUACGCUGAAAAUCGUUUCAACUACCCCUUCGCCACGGCAUGCCUCGUCCGGUCUUUUACGCGUUUGCUUGAGAAACCCACCGAGCCAGAGACGUCAAGAAAGCUCCGUUCUACCUUCAAGGUUGUUCGUCAUAUCCUGAAAUUCAUUACUCACGCGCGGGGCCAGCAGAAGGCCAAGGAAGCUGGAAUAGGUAUCACGACUUCAGGCUCCACACCUGGCUUUACCCGAGAGCUGAGAAACAUUUUCAAGGCUCUAGAUGCCAUGAUGCGUAACAACGCCCCGGUCCUAGUCGGCAGCCAGACCCUGGCUGUUCAGCACUUCCACACGUGGCUGCCAGAACUGACUGGACUUUUGACCACUGAAGAAAUCCUCCAUAUUGCAAUCGACUUUCUCGACUCCUGCGCCGAUGUCAAGGGCAAACUGGUGCUGUACAAGUUAGUCUUGAUCAUCAACUACUCGAAGCUCGACAUGUUCUCCCGGCCGGAUCAAAAAUCAGCCCUCACAGCCAAUACGGUACGAUGGAUCGCACCGCACUGGGGCCAUAACGAAGAUGUUACCGAUCUGUGGAAAGAUCAAGUACGUCUUUGUUGCUCCGUUCUCGCCAGCCAGAUCGACAACCUGGGAGCCGAGAUUCCCGACUACCUACCAAAAAUAAUCGACUCUUAUUUGUCUAUUGUGUCAACCGACAUCAAGCCGCGCAACCGUCUUUCCCUUUUGUUUCCGACAUCAUACCCGUUCCCGUCUAGACCUAUAAUGGAAGAAUGCACAUUCGAUGAGGCAUUGAUUGAGCUCUCUGCCAUUCUUUCAGCUGUUUCAAAUUCACCAAGCGGCAUGCAACUGGAGUUGACGGAAGGAGACCUAACUGUAUUAUUAGAAAAUACCCUUCGCGUACACAUGAGCAUACUGAUGGGAGAGGCUUUCCCACCAGAAUGGUUGAGCGUACAUAUUUAUCACCACAAGUCUACGAUGAAGACGUUGCAGUAUCUCUCCAGCAUCUUGCUGGAGUCUUUUUUACCACACCCUGACGAGGCCGAGAGUUUCAACACGGAACUCUGGAAGAUGUUCUUUACGACAAUGUUGAAGCUGGUCGGCAGCCCUUCCCUGGCACUGGAGACUUUCCCCGAACAAAAGCGCAGGGCGGUAUGGAAGAUCGCCGGCGACGUGAGGGAACAUGGGGCUGAGCUGCUGAGGAGGACCUGGGAGGCUAUUGGAUGGGAGACGAGCAGUGACGAGCGGGCUCGAUACGGCCUGUCCAAGAUGGGCGGCUACCAGGUUCAAUACGUCCCUACCUUGGUCGGUCCAAUCGUCGAGCUUUGUCUUAGUGUGCACGAAGGCCUUCGACGCAUGGCAGUUGAAGUACUUCAGACCAUGAUUGUCAGCGAGUGGACUUUGAGCGAGGACCUUUCUGCCAUCCAGACUGAGAUGAUCGAUUGUCUCGACCAUUACUUCAAGUCCAAACCUUUGACUGAAAGCAUCCUGCAGAAACUCUUCGUGAACGAGGUAUUGGAGAGGUUCGCGCCUCUGUCAGCCAUACCAGAAGAUUCUCUGCAUGCAAGUCUUAGCGAAUUGAUGGCUACCGUUGACGAGUUCCUCGAUCUGCUUGUGGCCGUUCACAGUGGCGACGUCACAAGCGAGGCAUCCCAUCUCAUCAACCGCCUCAGACUGAUGGAAUUUCUCCGAGACAUGCAAAAAGAGGAAAUAUUUAUUCGAUACGUCCAUCAGCUGGCUGUUCUUCAAGGCGAGGCGAGGAACCACUGCGAGGCCGGUCUGGCACUGCGCCUCCACGCCGACCUUUAUGCAUGGGAUCCGACAAAGCAGGUUCCUGCCUUGGAGGAACCCGAGUUUCCUGUUCAGACCCAUUUUGAGCGCAAGGAGCGCAUCUACUUCGACAUGAUCAAGCGUUUCGAGGAUGGGGAGGCUUGGAGCAGCGCUCUUGCAGCCUACCAAGAGUUGCGGACCCAGUACGAGAGCAACAUUUUCGACUUUUCCAAACUGGCGAGGACUGAGCGCGCCAUUGCCACUAUUUAUGAGACCAUUUCGAAGAGCGACAAACUCGUGCCGAAAUAUUUCAAGGUUGUGUACAAGGGCCUUGGAUUCCCGUCCAGUCUCCGCGAUAAGGAAUUCGUGUAUGAGGGCUCCCCGACAGAACGUGCCGCUGCCUUCACGGAUCGAAUGCAGGAGCAGUACCCAUCUGCUCAAAUCGUUACUGGCGGCGAUGUUGACGACGUCGAAGGCCAGUUCCUUGUCAUAUCCGCAAUUACGCCCCACCGCGACCUUAACCACCAAGUGUUCCAGCGCGCUCGCGUUCCUCAAGUCAUCCGUGACUAUCUCCUAUCAGCCCAUCCUCAAAGCUUCUCUGUUUCGUCCAAGCGCAAUACAUCCGGGCCCGUUGAAGAGCACUACGCAGAAAAGUUUGUCUUCACCACCGCGGACCCAUUCCCGACAAUCUUGCGGCGAAGCGAGAUCGUCAACACCAAGGAAAUUAGACUUAGUGCCCGCGAAACCGGUCUCGAGCGAAUUGUCAGGAAAACCCAAGAGAUGACUGUUAUUGAGAAACAGAUAGCCGACGGCGAUCAUGAGAAUGCUCAACUCCUCCUUGAUGCCAUCAGUAUAUCUGUCAACCCAGACUCCGAAAACAGUGUGGUUUGCUACCGUCAACUGCUUCCCACUCCCAGCGAAGAUGAUAGCGAAGAAGAGGAUGAGGCGGUGGAGUUGGAACCCCAAGACAACGCCAUCAAAAUGGCUCUAGUUGACCACGCUAUCAUGAUCAAACGGUGCCUGGGAACUUUUUCCCGAAGUUCGAACGAGAUUCUCAACCAAAAACAUGAGGAGCUCAAGAAAUACUUCGAAAGCACAUUUGCGCCCGAGAUCGCCCUCUUCGCACCUCCGCAACCUUGUCGGGAGUCAUCCAUGGCUUCCCCGACCUGGCGUCGAUCAUCGCCGUCCACUGAGCAAGUUUCUCCUCAGCCUCAGAGCAUUAACGGCAUGAUCACCAACGGCGUGAUUGCGGAAGAGGCUGCGACAGUUGCGCCUAUAGCUGUACGAGCCCGCGGCACGCGGCUUAGCUUCCUCGGAGGCCGUAGGAAGGAUUCCCUGGGACAGCAACAGACCAAUGGCGAUACCCAUGUGAACGGUGACGCGGAUGAAACUGUCAGCAACAGAAGUCGGAGUUUCAGCAAGACCCAGGAGAACGGUAACCGUCGGAGCUUUUUCCGUACCACGACUGCGACGCCCGAUGCCCAGCGUACUACGGGUGGUAAUGACGCCACAAGCGAGUGGGUGACAGACUCUGGCGGGCGUCAAAGUUCAGACCUUGGCGUGAGCUACUCUGAGAAGGAGCGCCAGUACAGCGAUGAUCGAUCGGUGGAGUCUCCCGGCGUUGUCAAGCGAGGUAGUGUUAGAAAGAGGCUCAGCUUGCUGAAGCUGGGUAAAAAGUCAAACAAGGGGGCAGGCGCUAUGGGCAGCGUGCACGAAGAGUAG